AUGAUGAUUGUUGUCGGGAGGUGCUGCACGGACGACGCUGACACGGCGGAGAUUGACGAGACUGAAAUGGCGGAAGCUGACAAAGCAGAAACGGAGGAAACGGAUGCAGCCGAGGCAGCGGAAACCGAAGAAACCGAGGCAGCUGAAGCAGCAGAAACGGAGGAAACGGAUGCAGCCGAGGCAGCGGAAACCGAAGAAACCGAGGCAGCUGAAGCAGCAGAAACGGAGGAAACCGAGGCAGCUGAAGCAGCAGAAACGGAGGAAACGGAGGCAGCCGAGGCAGCGGAAACCGAAGAAACCGAGGCAGCUGAAGCAGCAGAAACGGAGGAAACUGACGCAACCGAGGCUGCAGAAACGGAGGAAAUUGAAGCAGCCGAAGCUGACGCCACGGAAGCAGAGGACGCCGAAACAGCAGAGACGGAGAAUGCGGAAGCGACAGAAACGGAAGACACGGAAUUGAUUGAGGCCAUCGAGACGGACGCGGCUGAUGCUGCUGACUGCGCAGACACAGACGAAGCGGAUGCGGCCGAGGCAGAGGAGAAGGACGCAGCCGAGACGGAAGAAGCGGAUGCAGCCGAAACCGAAGACGCGGAGGCAACGGAAGCGGCCAUGGCAGCAAUGGCAGAAGACGAAGACAGUGCAAGCGCUGAAGAGACGGACGCUGCCGAAACAGAAGACUUUGAUGCUGCAGAAACAGAAGACACCGAUGCGCCAGAGACCGACGACACCGAAGCGGCAGAAACCGAUGCAGCAGAAGCGGCUGAAACGGACGACACGGAGUUGAUCGAAGCCAUUGCAACAGAGGCCACUGAAGCAGCCGAUUGUGCAGACGCCGAAGACGCAGACGCCGCUGAGACGGAAGACACAGAGGCUGCUGAAACUGACGACGCUGAGGCAGCUGAAACGAGUGGGACUGAAGAAAUCGAAGCCGCCAUAGCGGCCAGGGCAGACGAAGAGGAAACUGCAUCCUUUGAAGAAACAGACGCGGCCGAGACGGAUGAAGCAGAAGCCGCAGAAACCGACGAGGCUGACAAUGCAGAGACAGAUGACGCGGACGCAACCGACACUGAGGACACUGAGGCAGCGGAAGCUGAUGAUACGGAGCCUGCCGAAACGGAUGAAACGGAUGCGAGCACGGCAGCAGCGACGGAAGAGGCAGAUGCUGCAGAAGCAGCGGAAACUGAGGAAAGCGAAACAGCAGAAACUGAGGAAGCCGAAGCAGCAGAAACUGAGGAAGCCGAAACUGCGGAAACUGAGGAAGCAGAAGCAGCAGAAACUGAGGAAGCAGAAACUGCGGAAACUGAGGAAGCAGAAGCAGCAGAAACUGAGGAAACAGAAACUGCGGAAACUGAGGAAGCAGAAGCAACAGAAACUGAGGAAGCAGAAACUGAGGAGACGGAAGCGGCAGAAGCAGAAGCAACCGAUGCUGCUGAAACUAAAGAGACGGAAGCAGCUGAGACCGAGGAGACUGAAGCGGCAGAAACGGACGAGACGGAUGCUGCGGAAACUGACGAGACUGAUGCUGCUGACACCGAGGAGAUGAAAGCUGCCGAUACCGAGGAGAUGGAUGCUACCGAGACCGAGGAGACGGAAGCGGCAGAAGCAGACGCAACAGAUGCAGCUGAAACUGACGCGACGGAUGCCGCAGAAAUGGACGAGACGGAUGCCGCAGAAACUGAGGAUACAGAAGCAGCUGAAACUGACGAGACGGAUUCGGCUGAAACCGAGGAGAUAGAAGCCGCAGAAACAGACGAGACGGAUUCAGCAGACACAGAUGAGACGGAUGCUGCCGAUACGGAUGAGACAGAUGCAGCAGAAACCGAAGAAACGGAUGCCGCAGAAACUGAAGCGACCGAUGCUGCAGAAACUGACGAAACAGAUUCAGCAGAAACGGAAGAAACCGAAGCCGCGAAAAUGGACGCGGCAGAUUCUUGGGACACAGAAACGGCAGAGACAGACGAUGCGGAGAGAGCCGAAGCAGACGAAGCAGAAACGGCGCUUUCAGAAGCUGCGGAUGCGAGUGAUGCGAUAAAGGCAGCGGAGGCUGCAGAUGCAGACGUUGCGGAAGCUGCUGAAGCCAGCGAUGCGUCACUUGCGGAGGAAACAGAAGCAAUGGACGCGGAGGCCAUCGACGCGGCAGAUGCAAUUUCAGCGGAUGCAAAGGAUGCAGCAGAAGCGGAUGCGGUCGAGGCAGCGGAGGCGAGCGACGCUGUCGCUACCAUGUCAGAACUGGCAGAAGCUGCGGAAGCCAGCGAUGCGUCACUCGCCGAUGAUGCGGAUGCAACGGAUGCGCUCAAAGCCGAAGCAAUCGAUGCGGAAGCCAUUGAGGCAGUCGAAGCGACUUCAGCGGAUGCAAGUGCCGCAGCUGAAGCGGAUGCGGUCGAUGCGGCAGAAGCGAGCGACGCUGUCGCUGCCAUGUCAGAACUGGCAGAAGCUGCGGAAGCCAGCGAUGCGUCACUCGCCGAUGAUGCGGAUGCAACGGAUGCGCUCAAAGCCGAAGCAAUCGAUGCGGAAGCCAUUGAGGCAGUCGAAGCGACUUCAGCGGAUGCAAGUGCCGCAGCUGAAGCGGAUGCGGUCGAUGCAGAAGCGAGCGACGCUGUCGCUGCCAAAUCAGAGCUGGCAGAGGCGACAGAUGCAUCACUGGCUGAAGAUGCCGAUGCGAUUGACGCACUCGAAGCCGAAGCAAUCGAUGCCGAGGCCAUGGAUGCAGUCGAAGCAAAUUCGGCGGAUGCAAAGGACGCAGCUGAAGCGGAUGCGGUAGAGGCAGCAGAGGCGAGCGACGCUGUCGCUGCCAUAUCAGAACUGGCAGAAGCUGCUGCAGCUGCGGAAGCCAGUGAUGCGUCACUUGCCGAUGAUGCGGAUGCAAUCGAAGCGGAGGCCAUGGACGCAGUCGAAGCAAAUUCUGCGGAAGCAAAGGACGCAGCUGAAGCGGAUGCGGUUGAGGCAGCAGAGGCGAGAGAUGCGUCGCUCGCCGAAGAGGCGGAUGCAAUUGACGCACUCGAAGCCGAAGCAAUCGAUGCCGAGGCCAUCGACGCGGAAGAUGCAAUCUCAGCUGAUGAAAAGGAAGCGGCUGAAGCGGAUGCGGUCGAUGCGGCGGAGGCGAGCGAUGCUGUCGCUGCCAUAUCCGAGCUCGCGGACGCUGCUGUGGCAGCCGAUGCUGAAGAGGCAGUCGCGGCUGAGGCCAAAGAUGCGGAGGAAGCGGAUGCAAGUGAUGCUGCUUCAGCAGAAGCCUGA